CCGCUGUUUUCUGUUUUCCUCUCCGUCAGUCAGACUCCAGCGGCGGCUCUUUAGCGGAGCUCCACACACACUCUCGCCCACAGACACGCGUUAAAUCCGCCUUUUACACCGGAGACUCGACGAAAAACACAGCGAGCGCGACCUAUUUUCCCUCAGAGCAGCGCGGAGGAAUAACGCGGCCGGAGAGAGCAACACGUAUCCGGUGGGAUUUGAGUCCUGAGAGGCGAGAGUUUGGCCAGAAGUGGAAACAGACGCGAUUUUCCGCUUUCACGAGCGAAGACUGAGGAAUUAUGAGGAACCUUUGGAUGAUUUUAACCCUCGGCUUGACAGCCUUUCUCUCCGGGGAGCGGAUAUCAGUGUCUGCGGCCAAAUCUCCCUCCACGACAGAUGACCUGUACCUGGAGGAGGCCGGAUCUGGAGGAUACCCUGAAGAUGAUGAUGAUUUCAGCUCCGGAUCGGGAUCAGGAGCUGGAGAGGUUAUUGAAGAUCCCGUCACAGUAAACACACUGUUCUUCGUGCCUAAAGCAGAGCCCACGCAGGACUCCACCAAAGACUUCACACCGAAAGUGGAGACAGUGACGUCACGAGACGCCCCCAUAGACUCAAAGAAAACCAGGAUAGAGGCUCUAGUUCCCGUCACAGAAGACUCUCGCAGAAACCCCAUCACCAGCACCACCAGCAUCCCUCGACCUCCCAUGGAUCCUCAAGAUGUCCAGUCAGAAAAUCUCUUCCAGAGGACAGAAGUUCUGGCAGCUGUGAUUGCAGGAGGAGUGAUCGGCUUCCUCUUCGCCAUCUUCCUCAUCCUCCUGCUGGUUUACCGCAUGAGAAAGAAGGACGAGGGCAGCUAUGAUCUGGGAGAGAGGAAACCGACCGGAGCGGCCUAUCAGAAAGCUCCCACCAAGGAGUUUUACGCAUAAAUGACUUCGAUAUCAGUGACUACGACAAACUCCUUCUGCAUUAUUAAAACAAACAAAUGAUCGAGGAAAAAAUAAAUAACAUUAAGGAAAGCUUUUGGCAUAGAGUAUUGUAAUUAAGACCUUUUCUUUCCUCUUUUUUUUAUGACAAAAACAAACAAGAGCGCAAGCAAAAUCUCUCUGUAUUUAAACGUGUAUCGCAACGGCUGAGAAAGAAAGAAACAGAUGUGUAAAGCUGAGGAUUUCUGCAUCCGUCUUCUGUCAAAGCAGCUGUUUUUAGUCGCUGACUACUUUUUAACUGUAGCAGUAUGUAUUUGUAAAGACGACGUUUUAAAGUGGAAUAAUUGAGUAUAAUUGUUCUGUAUCAGUCCUGGUUUCAUUUCUCAUCCUCCCGCUUUUGGUUCCUAGCAUGUCUGAUUGUUGCUCAUCAUAAAAGUGUUUCAUUAAUUUAUCAUCAUCUCAGAUGUUGAACAACAAAAACAAUGCCUUUCUGUAGUUUUCCCAACCCAAUGUCUCAAUGUUUCCCUGCUCAAUUGAUGAUUUUUCGUUGGUGCUCAGAGCUGAUAAUCUGUUUAAAGACCCAUGCGUUGCAUUCGCGAGUGUUUGUAGGUCAAAUAAAUCAAGCAGUGCCAUUUUAAAACCUCACGUAGAUCAGCAGCUCUCGUCUGUUAGAUGAAGAAAACCAGGCUGAUUUCUGCAGCCUCUGAUUGCGUUUGCUUUGAUCACGGAUGAAAAGAUCACACACGCACACACACGCACACACACACACACACAUAUACCGGUGAUCAGUUUUAUUAGCUCCAGCAGAGAGUAGAGCUGAUCUGUACUGUUACGAGGCUCACACUAUCCACACUGUUGAUUAAUAAUAUCCAGAUUUAGUGUGUUUAUUGGGUUUAUUUGUGGUGGUGAAUUGCAUUAUGGGAUGUUGAUCUCUGCUCUGUCCACUUCUGAUGUUGAGAAUUCAUCUCUACAGUUUAAUAAAGAGACUUUUAGUGUCAUUUUAGUAGCUUUAAAUAAUAUAAUGUAGAAGAAAAUGUGCUGCAGAUUAUUCUGAGGUGUUUGUAGAGGAAUGAACAACACCAACACAGACAAUACAGCACUGCAGACUAUUCAUAAUCACAAUAAAAGUCACUUUAUUUGGACUUUUUAAGGUUGAAAGUUCCCAUAAACCAAUUCAAAAGCAGAAAUAAAUGAGGAAAAGUUAAAACAGGAGUCAUAAAAUAGAGAAAACUGCUCAUUUCCAGAUAUUUCUGUACAGUGUAGCGCCGAUAUUGGAAAAUCAUUGAGAUGAAUCAUUUUGCGUGAGUUUUGAAUGGUUUAAAGAGCUGAAAUGAGUCUGAUCGUCCAGUUUGGAGACUCGAAACACUAUUAAUGCUAGUUUAAUUUGAUUUAAAAACCAUUCACACACACACACACACACACAUCUGUGAUCGGGUUUAUUAGCUCCUGUGAGCUGAUCUGUACUGUUACGAGGCUCACACUAUCUACACUGUUGAUUAACAUCAUCCAGAUUUAGUUUAUUGGGUUUAUUUGUGGUGCUGAAUUGCAUUAUGGGAUGUUGAUCUCUGCUCUGUCCACUUCUGAUGUUGAGAAUUCGACUCUACAGUUUAAUAAAGUGACUUUUAGUGUCAUUUUAGUAGCUUUAAAUAAUAUAAUGUAGAAGAAAAUGUGCUGCAGAUUAUUAUGAGGUGUUUGUAGAGUAAUGAACAACACCAACACAGACAAUACAGCACUGCAGACUAUUCAUAAUCACAAUAAAAGUCACUUUAUUGAACAUUUCAAGGUUAAAAAUUUGUUGGAAGAUGGAUCAAAUUUCCCAUGAUGCAAUUCAAAAGAUGAAAUAAAUUAGGAAAAAUAAAAAUAUGAAUAGGAAAAUAUGAAAAACUGCUAAUUUCCGGAUAUUUCUGUACAGUGUAGCGCCACCAUUGGAAAUAAUCAUUGAAAUGAAUCAUUUUGCGAGUGUUUUGGAUGUUUUACAGAGCUGAAAUGAGUCUGAUCGUCCAGUUUGGAGACUCGAAACAUUUUUAAAUCCAGUUUAAUCUGAUUAAACUCGCUCCGUCAGCUGAAGUGAACGUUCUGGCCACACACACACACACACACACACACACACCCAAAGACUCGUCUGAUUUUCACAUUGCUGCGUAAUCCUUCGGCCACAUUCAAGGUUUCAUUUGUUGUUUUCUUUGAUUGUUAGUUGUUAGUUUGGUUUGAUUGAGUAGACAUCUGACCUUUGCAUUCAGUUACUUAUUCAUGUAUGGGAAAUCUAUAUAGAAUUAUAUAUAAAUGUAUAUUCACAAAUGUUUUAAACCUUGCCUUUAAAGUGCCUACCAUUCGGAAGCGUGCAGAUGUCUGUGGUUCUAGACUGCAGACGGGCCGGAGUCGCUGUAUUGUGUUCACACAGCAGAAUGAAAUGGUCAAUUCUUUCCUUUCUUUUCUUUUGUUUUUUUUUAGUUGUACAAAAGCAGACAGUAUUGUACCUAUAAGUUAAAACAACACUACUGAAUAAACAAUGUGGCCUAAA